AUGGACAUCUUCUCUUCAUACAUUAUCGCAGCUUCUUUCCUCAUCAUAGUUUCAAUUUCUUGGACUCUUUUAAGAGACAAGAAAAAACAUGUGGGUCGUCAUCCACCGUCCCCUGCAAGACUUCCGUUCAUUGGAAACUUGCAUCAACUCGGUUCUCUUCCCCAUCAAUCCCUGGCGAAGCUUGCCAUGAAAAACGGUCCGGUUAUGCUGUUGAAACUAGGUCAAAUCCCUACUCUGGUCGUGUCCACAGCCGAGAUGGCGGAACAAGUUCUAAAGACUCAUGACAUUGAUUGUUGUAGUAGGGCGCCUUCGUAUGGUCCUAAAAUAUUGAGCUACAAUUUGUUGGACAUAUCAUUUGUUCCUUACAACGAUUAUUGGCGAGAGAUGCGGAAGUUAUGUGUCUUGGAGCUCUUUAGCAUGAAAAGAGUCAACUCAUUCACAUCCCUAAGAGAGUUGGAAGUCAAGCAUAUCAUCGAAGAUCUCUCCGCGAAUUAUUUGAAUCGUGAAGUAGACAUGGGUGAGAAGGUAUUUUCCUUGCUCAACAACAUCUUGUGUAAGAUUGCGUUUGGAAAGAGAUAUGAGGGGAAACAAUUUGGCAACAAGAAGUUUGAGGUUGCUAUACAUGAUGCUAUUGACUUGUUGAGUUGCUUUUGGGUGACGGAUUUCUUUCCUAGGUUCGGUUGGAUCAUUGAUACUUUGACGGGAAAAUAUUUUAGGCUCAAGAAGUGGGCAUCGGAUUUCGAUGCCUUUUUAACGAGGGUCAUUGACGAGCAUCUUGAUCCUUCUAGAUUGAAACUCGAGAAAGAUGAUAUCGUCGACAUAUUGCUUAAAUUAUAUAAGGAUGAUAAAACUUCGUUUAGUUUCUCCUUGGAUCAUGUCAAGGCUAUGCUUUUUGAUGUAUUUUUCGGAGGAAUAGACACCUCUUCCAACACAAUAGUGUGGGCUAUGACAGAACUAAUGAAAAAUCCAAGAGUAAUGAAAAAGCUCCAAUUUGAGAUUCGAGCUCUAGUGGGUAAAAACAGUAUGGUUGGACUAGAAGAUUUGGAAAAACUUAACUAUUUAAAAAUGGUGGUGAAGGAAACUUUCAGGCUUCAUCCCCCAUCGACUUUACUAAUCCCUAGGGAGUGCGUUAGGCAUUGCAAGAUUGGUGGCUACGAUGUAUACCCCAAAACAAUGAUAUUUGUUAAUGUUUGGGCAAUAGGUCGUGACCCUAAGAUAUGGGAUAGGCCAGAAGAGUUCUAUCCCGAAAGGUUUGAUGGGGGCGAGGUUGAUUUUAAGGGUCGACACUUUGAGUUGAUCCCGUUUGGUAGUGGUAGGAGGAUCUGUCCUGCCAUAGCAAUGGGCAACACCAACAUUGAGCUUGGUUUAGCAAACUUAUUGCAUUCUUUUGAUUGGGAGUUACCUCAAGGGAUGAUAAUUGAAGACAUUAGCCUUGAAGAAGAAACUGGUCUUACAGUCCACAAGAAGUUACCUUUGCAUCUCGUGCCCAUCAAACAUAGGUGGGAGUAA